AUGUCCAACCAACUGCUUCAGAUUGCUGCAGUUAGUCCAUGGAGUAACAUCACGCCUGCAACACCGGUGGAAGUUAAUUUCUCUAAGAAACAGCUUCAAAAUGCCAAGGCGCUUCAUCACUCAGCACAUCCAAUUGCGACUCGAGAAAUUUCGUACGAUCCCAGUUGCCUAGCGAAUGGGAUGCUUCGCCACGACCCAUUCAGGUCACCAUACUCGAUUAUUUCAGCAGUGCCAAAAAAGCCCCAACACCUUGCUCCUUCACACCCAUCAAAGAUCGCCCACAGAGGAAGCAGCCGUGCGGAUAGACUUGAUGCAAAGCCCGUGGUCCACGCAUAUCAAAAGUUGCUAAAAGAGGUGGAAUCAAUGAAAUUUGAAGCAGCCAAAAAUGCUGAAAUACGGCAAAUGGAAGAUGCCGCCUAUCUUAUGGGACUUGCCAAUAUAUCGGACGUGAUGGUUGCCAAACAAAAGGAUCUUCUUCGCUAUUAUACAUUUAAGAAUGAAGUUGAUGUUUUCCAGCAACAUCUAGUUCCAUUUAUCUUCGGCAUUCGCUCAAAGCAUGAGCGUCAAGUCUACUCAAGCGUUAAUCGUCACUAUAAUCGUAUGAAAUCAAUUCAAGACAUGGGCAUUCAUAUAUACAAUCUUGGAGAUUACCGCUUGGAGAAGACUGAUCGAGUUAUUUCUGCUCGCACUAACAACACAUUAUACCGCCGAAUACGACGCCAAAGCGCUGCAAAGGUCGUCGACAUGGAAAACAUCCGCCCUGCGCGACAUACUUCCAAACUAGGCACACAAAUUGAUGAUAAAUUUAUUUAUCAGACACAUGAGAAAAGGAACUUUGAAUAA